AAGAAAGGUGCAUGCUUACCCACCCUAUGAACAAACAGGAUGCUCACCAGAACCCCGAGUGUUGUUGCCCAAGUGUUCCUUCUUCUAAGCAUAGUUCUUGUUAUUGCUAUUGCAGUGAUUCAGAUAAAUCAGCAACAGGUCCUCUCCCCAGGGCUUAAGUAUGGAAUAGUCCUUGAUGCUGGAUCCUCUCGGACUACAGUCUAUGUCUAUGAGUGGCCAGCGGAAAAAGAAAACAACACGGGAGUAGUGAGCCAAACUUUCAAGUGCAAUGUGAAAGGCCCUGGUAUAUCCAGCUAUGAGAGUAGCCCUGGAGCUCUUGCCAAGCCUCUUGAUGACUGUCUGAAUAAAGUCAAGGAGAGAAUACCAGUUCAUCUGCAUAAAAACACUUCUGUUUAUCUGGGGGCUACAGCUGGCAUGAGACUGCUGAGGUUGCAAAAUGAAUCGGCAGCCAAUGAAGUCCUUGCAAGCAUUCAAAACUACUUCAGAUCACAACCUUUUGAAUUUAGGGGUGCGCAGAUCAUAACUGGGCCAGAGGAAGGGGUGUAUGGAUGGAUAACGGCCAACUAUUUAAUGGGCAAUUUCUUAGAGAGAAACCUUUGGAGGACAUGGGUCCAUCCUUACAGAAAAGAGACUAUGGGUGCCCUGGACCUUGGAGGAGCUUCCACUCAAAUUUCAUUUAUCCCUGAGGACCCUGAGGAGCACUUCAAUAGCACCUUGCAAGUGAAGUUAUAUGGUUACAACUACAAUGUCUACACUCACAGCUACCAGUGCUAUGGGAGAGAUGAAGCUGAGAAAAGGCUUUUAGCAUUGCUCUUCCAGAAAUCAAACACCAGUGCCAAUGUGGAUAAUCCCUGUUACCCUCAAAACUAUAACACAGCAUUAACGAUGAAGUACUUCUUUGGCAGCCUUUGUACACAGUCUCUGAGACCAGCAAAUUACUACCCAAACCAGCUUGUGAAUUUCCAUGGAACAGGAGACCCAGGUCUGUGCCAGGAGAUGGUUUCUUUAUUGUUUAACUUCACUGCUUGCAGAGACAGAGAAGACUGUUCAUUUAAUGGAAUACAUCAGCCAAGAGCUAAAGGGAAUUUUGUGGCUUUCUCUGGAUUCUACUAUACAAUUAAUGCUUUGAAUUUAUCUGGGCACUUUUCUCUGGAUGACUUCAAUUCGAGUAUGUGGUUUUUCUGUUCACAGAGCUGGUCACAGCUCCAGUUUAUGCUGCCUAAAUUUGAAGAAAUAUAUGCCAGAUCCUACUGUUUCUCGGCCAAUUUCAUAUAUUACUUGCUUGUACAUGGUUACAACUUCAAUGCAGAAACUUGGCCACAGAUACAUUUUCAAAAGGAGGUUGGUAACAGCAGUAUAGCGUGGUCACUCGGUUACAUGUUAAGCCUCACGAACAUGAUUCCAGCAGAAGGUAAGCUGAUCCAGUUACCUCUGAAACCUCCUCUGUUUGCUGGGCUCCUUGUCUUCCUCACAGCCACAGCACUGUUGUGUCUCCUCUUCCUCGUCUACUUGUGUAUUGCAUCGCAUCAUCGGAAGAACAUCCCUCGCGUUGAACACGUAUUUAUUGCAGAAUGAAUGAACUUUGCUGAAGACAAAACAAAAAUUUUAUAGUGCUGUUAAGCAGAACUUUAUUUUGCACACCCCCCCAUUCAAAAAUAGAUAGCAAAAAUGACUUCUGAACCAGAAGCAUCAAUAGAGAAGAGGCACAAAGGAAUCUGUCAUAUGGUGAAUUGGAGUGCUUUUGGUAAUUUUGGUAAUUGUUUCUGUAAACCUCAUUUGUCCAGUGCGCAGCAGAGAAAACAUGGGCAGAUAUGUCACUUUGCUUUAUAAGGGAUUACUUACCUUUUCCUGCCAGGUAUGUUAUUUUUUUUGUUCAUUAACUCUGUGCUAACUGGUGAGCUCAAGUAGUGGUGGAUUUGAUCACAAUGGCAGUUGUUUAAGAUAAAAUGAAACAAGACAGUAGCAGCUGUGGGAGGUGGGAACAUGGUAGCUGUCCUUGGUGCAGUGCUGACACUAAAAGUCCUGAAGUAAUCUAAUUUCUGAAACUGGAACAAGCACUGGAUAAUGACAAGAACUGAAAGGAAGGGCUGUGAUAGAAUUGUUUUUAUUGCUGUUUCAAAUGGAUUGAUCCCCAUCACAAAAAGGUGUAAUAAACUGUCAACACCUCUCAGGACUUUUGA